AUGCCCCACAGACACCUGGAGCUGGAGAUGCUUCACAAUAAUGUGAGGAAGAACUUCACCCUACUUGGCUGUAGCAGCAGCAGGGGCGGAUCACAAAAACAUCCAGACGAGGAAGUCUGCCAGCUGAUUCACCUGCAAGACAGUUUCCAUACAGCCUACAACAGCCCCAUCACACAGGAACCAAGCCAUCAGAAGGCCCGUAAAGAGAGGAGUUCACCACUGUCCCAGCUGAACGAAGAGGGGCCAUCAUGGCAGACGGCCAGUAGUAUCAGCAGUACAGAUGUGCAGGAUCCAGCAGCCCUGGCCAGCUUCUCUCUGGACAUGGAGCUGGAGCGAUGCAGGCAGAGGGAGAAGACUGAGCUCAGGAGACAGUCAAUGACACAAGGCCAGAGUGCAAACUUCACAUAUGCUGAAGUCAGUCCAUCACGGUCAACAAUUGAAUACGAGUCUCCCGAGUACUACAGCUUUGACAGCGCUGAAAGGAAUGGUGGAGAGGAUAAUAACAGGAGCAUGGAACAGGUGAACUGUCCUCUGGGCCCAGUUGAGAAAAGCAGCACAAUAGAAGGGUGUCAGGAUUACAUGGCCUGUGGAAAUGAGUCCACUGUCGACAAUAAUGAAGCCAGUUUAAGCUUAGACAAUCAGAGUGACAACUUCCAUAGCAUCAUGGAGGACGAUAAGAGCAUCCUUGUCUGUCUGGCCGGCGAAGGACAGAAAGGUUCAGUCAGCACUAACAGUGAAGCGCUGGCAGACACCAGGGAGGAUGUGAAGUCAGUUCAGUCUCACAUGAAGAUAAGCUCUUCAGAAAAGUACACCUCCCCCAUGCCCGGCGUCCCCACGUGUGACAUUAUGGUCGGCACUGAGCUUACACCGUGUGCGUCAACUUUCACCCAAUCUGAGGAUCCAGAAACAGCUGACAAGAAUGUCAUCACUGAAGUCCACAUGGCAGAUCUGGACUACCUGGCUGAGGAAUUUAUCAAAAUCAGGAAAACUCAAGAAAAACUCAGAGAGCAAAAAGAGAAAAUGAAAGGGCCAAAGGACCCUCCUGCAAACGUGUUAAGUGUCCUGCAGAAACUGGAAUCUGACUGUAAUCAGAUGAGGGAUAAGAUCCUGGAAGGAGUUCCUCUGGAGCAACUUAAACCUCUGACCGUCGACUCUGAGAAGAUAACGGCAGGAACAAGUUACAUCCCUGCACAGAUCAUCGGUGAUGUGGUGGGAAAUCUUCCUUCUUGGAGCUGCAUGAAACCACAGGAGUGUAAUCCAGCAGGUGAGGAAAGUGGAGGUCCUAGUGAUCAGAGCAGCAGUGGCUGCCAGGACAGUCAGAAACAGGAAAAACAGGUCAAGAGGGACACCACCAGAGCAAGGAGAGCCAACACUCUUGUCCCCCCGGUUAGAUAUGCUAAUCAUGAAGAACACAAGCUGACUGAGAAGCAGACAAGUGCUGCAUGCAAAGAGAUCAACACGAGCGAGGCGUGGUACGAUGCGGAAGAAGACUUUGAGUCUGCAGGACCUGCAGUAGCUGCUGAGACAGGACAGGACCCAUCAGUGGUCACAAGUGAUAGAACCGAUGAAUCUGCCAGCGACGAGGCCAAGAGCUCAGCACUCUGUGUUUCCAACCUGCCCAGUAACGUGACGGAGAGUGACGUGAUGCUGUGGUUUGAGAAAUACUGUCCCUCUGAAGUUCGUUUCUCUGUUCCAGAGAACGGUGUGAGAGUCGCCAUAGUGAUGGUAAGUGGCGCCCAAUCUGCCGAGGCUGCAGUGAGAGGGCUGAAUGGCCUCAGCGUGGAAGGCCACACUUUACAUGUGGAGCACAUCGACGGAGCUGCUGGUGGGAGUCGGAGCCAGGCUUCAGCCUCCGUCAGCGAGUCCUCACAAGACGCCACCAAACCACAACCGACCAAGCCCGACCUCAGCAGCACCCGGAGGAAGCUGGCGUCUCUGCCGUCUCUGGGCUCCAGCUUCAAGCACAGGAAGGUGGUCAGCAUCUCGCCCACGGCUAAGGGAACCUGUGUGCCCCAACACUACGGCACCAUGGGCAGCUUCGACACCCUGAUGGCGGAGCUGACGCAGCUCCACCCGGACGUCGGGAGGCAGAGGAUCGUGGACGCCCUGAUGGAGCUGAGGACCAAGCACCAGGGCGCCCUCAGCGGCCUGCCCCUCAGGACCAUCAGGGAGAUGACGUCUGAGCUUCUGACCUCGCCGCCGGCUGCCACACAGCUAUGAGGAAG